CAGUUGUCGUUCGACUUCAAAUUCGUGUGUACGCUCUUGUCUGGGAUCCAUAAAAUCUCGAAAGUCUUUUAGCAACACGUGGAACGUUCCGUGAUACACUUCCUCGCUGAGUCACGCUGUAAAACUUGCUAUCAGUUUGCGAUUUAAAGACCAGUGGGGUCAGCGAUUGAAUCGUAGCUGUGUUAAAAUAACUGCGACAAACUGUGUUACAAUAAAACGAUUUGGGGCGGUGCGAUUAGACUGCAGAUGGUGUAACUGAUUCGUUGACUUUCCGCCUGACGAGAAAAUAAAUCCAAGGAAUCUGUGUAAAUAAUGGCACCACUGCGAAGAGUCAUUGGAAUUGAUGAGAAUUCGAGACAGUAAAAUGAAACAGAAUUGUUUCGUUGACUUUUGAUGUAGCACGUGAAUCCUAGUAUUUAUAUGCAUAAUACCUACACAAAUAAUAGUACUUAUAACUGCACGCAUAUAAUUCACAGUAAAUCGUCACCAGUGAAAAUACGUUGCGAAUGGUUGUGAUAAUUGGUGCAAUUUUUAUAUAACACUGCUAAAUAAACAUGUUGCAUUGUUCGAAAACGAACUAUUAUAAUAAUAAAAGGAUUAGCAAGUGAACAAGGCAAUCUGUGUAAAGUAAUCGCCAUUAGUGAUACACUAUAAGAGACCUUGAGACUUGAUGAAAAUUCGAUACAGCUGGAUAAAACAUAAAUUGUCUUGGAUUCACAACAGAGUAUCUCGAUUUUGUGACUACUGUCGCGUGGCAAAUGAAUCCUGGCAGCCACUAGGAAGAGAAAACAAUAGAAUCACGGUGAGUGAUUCGCAGUAACUGGCCGCCAAAAAUAUCGGAUUUUGGGCUUUGCCAAAAGGCAAAAAAAACAGAGAAAUGUUAACGUGCAAAAGUAAUUAAUUAGUCAACAUCAGCGGAUUGGAAUCUAGAACAACUAACCUUCGUGAAAGGGAGAAGCUUGUUGAACUGAAGAAUUGCGUCAAUUGACUUGACGAGCAGAGAAAAUGUGCAAUCGAUUGUCAGUGAAUCGUAAAGCUUUCUUGUACUCCAGGAAUACCUCGUCUGUGACUUGAUCGCUUGAACGAUUGAAGAAUUCGGUGACCUUCCGGUUGGAUCCCCAGCUAAAGCUUCGAAGGAUCUUCGAUUCAGUUUUCAUGCCGGCUUUCGUUCUGAACAGGGCUUAUUUCGUCUGUAACGAUGAGUAUCCUAUGUAUGGUCGCUACACGAAGGACCUGGGUGAGUAUGCAAAAGAAGAGGCACGGAAGCUGAAACACCACGAAAAAGCACGACAGAAGUAUGACAAGACAACGGCAGAGGGUCUACGAAAGUCGAGGAGAGGACCUUUGUGCAGGAAACUGCUCGCAUUGCUGGCCUUCGCUUGGAAACACACUGGAGCUAGACUAGGCGAAGACUGGGUCUUCCUGGCUUUGCUCGGUGUCAUCAUGGCAUUGAUCAGUUACGCGAUGGACCGUGGAAUUUCCAUGUGCAACAACGCCAGGAUAUGGCUUUAUCAAGACCUCACGCAUCAUCCAGCGCUUCAGUACCUGGCCUGGGUGGCACUACCAGUGUGCCUGAUCCUCUUCAGUGCUGGUUUUGUGCACAUAGUUGCACCGCAAAGCAUAGGAUCUGGCAUUCCGGAGAUGAAGACCAUCCUACGUGGUGUAGCUUUAAAGGAGUACUUGACCUUCCGCACACUGGUCGCUAAGGGCAGGCUGUCACCCAAGAUAUCAUCACCUGUCUUUAAUAGCAGGAAUAGUAUCAUCAAGGCGUUCGAGAUCAUGAAAGUCCUUCAUACCUCAAUGGAGAUUUUAUUGGCAUCCUUGUCGGCAGUCACAUAUAAACAAUAUGAAUCAGCGUGGAGACAGUGGUGGCAGUUCUACGUGUUGUCAAGUGAAGAUUUUUAUAGACCUACGCGGAAUAGUUUGUUAAGGUUUCUUACAUAUAGAUUUAAGAAUGGUAUUGAAAAAAUAGUGCCACCAAGACCAAAGUAUAACUUUACCUGGGGUGUAUCCGUUGUUUUAAAUUACUUAAGAACAUUAGAUCCCUUGUCGGGUUUAAGUUUACAAGAUUUAACGUAUAAAACGGUGACUUUAAUAGCCUUUUGUACCGCCCAUAGGGCCCAGACGCUAGCCAGUAUUGUAACGUAAUCAGGACGUAAGGAAAGAAAUAAAAACGUCGUAGUACUUCGAUCCGCGUGCUCUUUAUUUCGCGUCCGAAAAACGAAUGCCUUCCAACGCAACGGUCGGCGAUCGUCAUUUCUUUUCGGCGCGACGCGACGUGCUCGCUGCACGCGUCGCGCCGGUUUUCGUACGCUACGCGUGUAACAAUACUCUUACAAAUUCGGCCAAUCCUGACCAUGUCCGUCCUCGGACAUUAAUAUUUACGCCAAGGUCGCAUGUUUGAGGACUCCCAGGUCCCUUGAUACGGUUUUUGUGAUAUUUGGAACUCGUCGAUAUCCGCGACUACGUACCGAUCGUUCCAUAACUUUUUUAUUAUCUCGUAAGGUCCUCGGACUUAGGUAACAGUUUUCUCCCUACUCCGGGCGUACUAUCAAAAUUCCGGAUCAUUACAUAAUCACCGACGCUAAAUUCGCACUUAAUCAGACGAUGUUUUUUGUCGUAGUACGCUUUAUUAUAUUGUUGCGAUCGCGAAAUCUUGUUCUCUGCUUUGUCCCUUAGCCCCUCUAGGUCCCGCUCGUUGUUCGCAACGGUAUCGAGAUAAUCGCGGAUCCCGUCGAUGACUCUGCCCCGCUGCGCCACCCCGAAAAGCAGUUUGCUCGUAAACUCACCGGUCGAAGCGCUUAUGCUGUUAUUUAAAGCGUAUUCAAUAUCUGGUAGCGUCUGAUACCAGUGCUUCCCGCCUGACUCAUCGGUGAGCUUCGCGAGCAUAGGUGCCAAAGUUCUGUUGAACCGCUCGCCAAAGUUCUGUUGAGCCUCCUGUUUGUUCCGCCGUUUUCCGUUGCGUCGGCUCGGCGGGCAAAGGUAUUUUUUUCCAUUGUGCUCAUCAUUUCAUCCGUAGAGCGAAAGCGAUGCAUCCUCUUGAUCCCUCAAGUUCAUAUUGGGAAUUCCGCGUAUCGCGUAUUCGAUGAUUUCGAGCUCUUGCAAAGAGACUCUGCCGGCCAAAAUAAUUUUAUCGUGGAGAUAGUCUGCGAAUAUUUCUCCCGACUGCCAAACACGUUUCUCGCACUCUUCACGUAAUUCUAAACCACUCUUUCAAUGUCCAAACAUUUUCCCCAUUCUCUCGAGUAGUUCCGUGCAGCUUAAAUCUACGCAGUCCGCCUGUGCGAUGUACCACUUCAGCCGUAUAAUCACUUUGCCGUAUAAUCA